UGCGCCAGCGACAGCGACAGCGACAGCGACGCCAUCCGCUAAGAAGGGAAAAAGGCAGUCUCUGCGUCGAUCCCCAUGGUUGGAGCUCGAUAUGGGAGGGAGGUUGCUGCUUCUAUCGCCGCCGUCGUUUUGCUAUUGCUGUUAGUGCAUGGGCAAAUGUGCGUUAGUUGCGUUACUUUAGCGCACAAAUGCCAAGCCCUUGUACCUACCUACCUACCUACCUCUUGUUAGAAAUUAUUUAAAGAUAAACGAGACAUACGAGGGUUACUGGUGCACCGUGCUGACCCUACGGACCAUCCGAACAGUUUGUACACACAUCUGCACACAUAUACAUACACGCGUAAACAUAUCAGAACAAUUCAGCGACGGAGUAAAUGCGCGAUAAUGUGUGUAUAAUCAUCAUCUAAAGAAGCAUUUCACUUCGGCAAACGGGUAAUUUGUCAAAAUGCUAUUAAAAAGUUUUCGAGCAGGAUUAUCUGUCCAUGGAAGUGUACGUGAACCAGUAGCAGCAACAUAGAGAAAAUAUCGUCAUUUCGCCGUUUGCAAGGAAACGAAUCUGAUGUGAAGGAAAUUUCGACUCAACAUAAGUUGCUUUACGCUCACUGAGAGACAUGGUGGCUCGCUGUGUUCCUAGUCACCUUCGGUGGGCGGCCGUCCUGUUUUUAACUAGUGGAAUGACGCAAUGGAUAGUGCGUGCUGCUACGGGCUCCACUUCACAAAAUGCACCUGUAUUAUAUUUUAGUAUUGAAAAAACAUGGUAUGGAACGCCGCGAAAUGGACCAGCGUAUAAUUUCACGAUUCAUCAGGAAAACAAUGGAGAAGUUCCGAUUUAUUUAGAGGCUCCUUUCUACAAUGAACAAGAGACACCAAGAAGCACCCCUAUGGGAGGAUUUCUAGGGCUUUUGAACUACGAAGCGUUUGAGAUGCAGUUCAUUGGUGAUGGUGACCAGUGUCUCCACAUUGUAGUCGGACCGGCUGGUCAUUACAUCAUAUUCCUAAUGUACAAUGAACAACUCAGCAUGAAAGACGACCUACGCAUGGCAUAUGAUUCAAAAGUGUCCUACUUUCCACCAUAUUGGAAGGCUACAAUCAAAAUUCCGCUGGAGUAUUUUCCAAAGAAUGUGAAAAAAUUUAAUGCGGCAAGUCGGCACGGAUUGCGACAUAGACGAAGUAUGGAUGUAUUGUACGUCGAUGCGGAACCAUUGCCGUCACAUUUCACCAGCCCCCCGUUCCGCACCGCACAGAGCAUCAAUUUUGAAAAAGUGCUCCUUACUUAUGACAAUACCAAAGUAUCUAAGGUCUGGGAACGAGCAAUCGACGAGUAUCGUAACGCACCACACGAUACAUCAAGUCCUGUUACUGGCUCAGCUUAUGGUGGUCCAUUGGUCGGAGCAUUAUUCCUUGCUUAUACAUCCGCAUAUGUUGCCUUUAUAAAAUAUAUGUAGCCUUUAAAACAGUGUCAUCAGCUUAAUUUGCUUCUGUGCUGAUGAAAAAAAAGCUACUUUUCUUAAAAAAGAUUAUGAUAUUGGACAUGCGUAAAUACAGCAUUGUAAACUGGCAAAAUCCUAAUAUAUGUUUUAUAUUAGUUUCUUUAUAAAACUAUUAUGUGGAACAAGUCUAUAUGAGUUCUUAAGUCGAAUACUGAACUUUUUUUUUACUAAUGCUUUAAUAAUGGUAUGCAAAAAGCUAUCUGUUGCCACAUUAUGGCCGCAAGCAUUGCCGAUAUAUGGAUUGUCAUGCUUCAUCUAAAAUCUACUGUAAGCUACGUGCUUUAGAAAAUUCGCGUAGAAAACGUCAGCUUACGAAUAUUGGUGUUAUUUGUGUUGACAGAGUCGAAAAGAUCGCUUCAAACGGAGUGUUUCGAUUCUUAAUGUGUCAUUAACUUACUCUAUAGAGUUCACGUUGCUGAGAUAAACUAAGUAGAAAGAGUUAAGUGCUUCUAUUCUGUAUAAUUGUAAACACUAUGGUUUCAGGAGUGGCUCUGUGCCAUACCACAAAAAACGAUUACUAUGUAAGGUAACCGGAAGUAUGUGUUUUUGUUUGCAUUAAAAACAUUGCAUUUGUAACGACUGGCGUGUGAUUAUAUAUGGGUAAGUGUAUGAAUAAAUAUCUGUGAAUGCGAUGUUUACAUACACAUCGUAAGCACUCUGCGACCAAAACGUGGAGAUAUAGGUAUGAAGUUAGAAAAGAUCACCGAUAUUAAAAUAUAGGAAAAUAUCAGGGUGUUGCGAAUAGUUCAGAUUUUAAUCUAACAGAGUUUCGUAAUCAUUCGAUAUUGAAAGAAUCUUUUUUUUA